CUGGCUGCUUCCUCCUCUUCGCACUGCUGUGUUGGACCGAGACAAAAGGAGCGCGCGAUACUUCCAGAGACUGCUACCUGAAGCCGAAGACCCGGACCCAGAUCCCAGACCCAGACCCCAGACCCGGACGCCACCAUGUCGAGCAAGCGCGCCAAGGGGAAGACCACGAAGAAGCGCCCCCAGCGGGCGACCUCCAACGUGUUCGCCAUGUUCGACCAGUCCCAGAUCCAAGAGUUCAAGGAGGCGUUCAACAUGAUCGACCAGAACCGAGACGGCUUCAUCGACAAGGAGGACCUGCACGACAUGCUGGCCUCGCUGGGUAAGAACCCGUCUGACGAGUACCUGGAGGCCAUGAUGAGCGAGGCCCCGGGGCCCAUCAACUUCACCAUGUUCCUCACGAUGUUCGGGGAGCGGCUCAACGGCACCGACCCGGAGGACGUGAUCCGCAACGCCUUCGCCUGCUUCGACGAGGAGGGCUCAGGUGUGCUCCACGAGGACCACCUGAGGGAGCUGCUGACCACCAUGGGCGACCGCUUCUCGGACGAGGAGGUGGACGAGCUGUUCCGAGAGGCGCCGAUCGACGGCAAGGGCAACUUCAACUACGCCGAGUUCACGCGCAUCCUGAAGCACGGCGCCAAGGACAAGGACGACGAGUAGGGGACCCCCACCGGGGACCCCCAAA